CCACUCCUCGUCCCCUCCCACCCCUCCUCAGAACCCUAAACCCCGCCGCCGCCAUAAACCCUAGCCGCCGCCGCAGCCAGGGCCAGCCAGGAUGUACGCCAUGAUCCGCCGCGCGGAUCCCCUCCGGAGGCGCGCCGCGUCGGCCAUCCUGGCCGCGCUGCUGCAGCACCCGGCGGGCCCCUCCGCCGCCGGGGCGUCGGCGUCGGCCCUGCCGCUGCGGUCGCCGCUCCCGCCGCCGGCGAUGUGGUUCCACUCCAAGCCGGCCCCGCUCGGGUUCCGGGAGACGGGGGCCGCGCGGGCUGGGGCGCACGCUCAGUUCGCGGCGGACGAGGGGUGGAACUACGAGGAUAAGAGGAAGCCCGCGGGGGGCGUGGCUGGGGCCGGCGCCGGCGCCGGCGCCAAGGAGGAGGGGCUGGAGAUCGCAAAGCUCGGGAUCUCGUCCGAGAUCGUCGACAAGCUCUCCGCCAAGGGCAUCACCAAGCUGUUCCCCAUCCAGAGAGCUGUCCUUGAGCCAGCAAUGCAAGGCAAGGAUAUGGUUGGCCGUGCCAAAACGGGGACAGGGAAAACUUUGGCAUUCGGAAUCCCCAUAAUGGAUGCAAUUAUUCGCCAUAACGCAGCUAACAAACCUGGAAUACAUCCCCUGGCGAUAUGUUUGGCACCAACACGGGAACUUGCAAAACAAGUUGAGAAAGAAUUUGUUGAUUCUUCCCGGCUGGAUACACUGUGUGUAUAUGGAGGCACUCCAAUUCAGCAACAAAUGAGAGUUCUUAGCCAGGGCGUUGAUGUAGUUGUUGGGACACCUGGACGGGUAAUUGAUCUGCUAAAUAGACGUGCUCUGAAUUUGUCAAAUGUCCAGUUUGUUGUUCUCGAUGAGGCAGACCAGAUGCUGUCAGUGGGUUUUGAUGAAGCUGUUGAGACAAUUUUGCAAAAUGUGCCUGCAAAACGUCAAACCUUGAUGUUCUCCGCAACAAUGCCACCCUGGAUACGCAAGCUGAUGCAGAAAUACCUCAAAGAUCCUGUCAUAGUCGAUCUUGUGGGUGAAGAUGACCAGAAGCUAGCAGAAGGGAUUAGUCUGUUGUCUAUUGCUACAGAGAAUCAUGCAAAACCUGCUGUCCUUGGACAAUUGAUUCAGGACCAUGCUAAAGGUGGCAAGUGCAUUGUAUUUACGCAAACAAAAAGGGAUGCUGAUCGGUUGUCAUACACUAUGGGUCGAAGUGUCCAGUGUCAGGCUCUUCAUGGAGAUAUUACACAACAACAAAGAGAGAGGACACUUCAAGGAUUUCGUGAAGGGCGCUUUAAUACUUUGAUUGCCACUGAUGUUGCUGCUCGUGGUUUGGAUAUUCCAAAUGUUGAUCUGGUGAUACACUAUGAAUUGCCAAACAAUUCAGAGAUAUUCGUUCACAGGUCUGGCCGUACUGGCCGUGCUGGGAAGAAGGGCACUGCAAUUGUGAUGUACAGCUACAACCAAAGUAGAGCUGUCAGGGGCAUUGAGAAUGACGUUGGAGGCAAGUUUAAGGAGCUUCCAAAGAUCAACGUUGAAGGUUCUGACUUGACAAUGGCUAGUGGUUAUGAUUCAUUCGGAGGUGGAGGCGGAGGUGGGCGCUCACGCGGUGGCGGUUUCGGUGGCCGCGAUUCUGGGUUUGGUCGUUCAGGUGGUGGGUUUGGUCGUUCAGGCGGCGGCGGCGGAUUUGGCGAUUCAGGGUUUGGCCGAUCAGGUGGUGGUGGUGGAUUCGGCGAUUCAGGGUUUGGCCGAUCAGGUGGUGGUGGAGGUGGAUUUGGCUCAAGUGGUGGGUUUGGGGAUUCUGGUUCAGGGCGGUCUGGUGGGUUUGGUGGCGGCUCUGGUAGCUCUGGCUCUAGCUGGGGUGGAUUCGGCAGCUUUGGAGGCAAAAGCUCUUGAUUGAUCAACCCCCCAUAGCCCAGCAAAUUUUUGGUUGGAGCGGAAGGCAACCGGGUUAACCGGUUCAGCUUGAUGGUUCUUAUAUAUGGAAAGCCCUCUGUCAGAAGAGGUAAAUUAACAUGGUCUGAUUCUUGUUGGGUAUUUCAAGGUCGAAUUUCUAGCGUGGACAACAUACGCUUAUAUUGCCUGGAGCCGCCAACUUUGAAGGCAGAUGGAAAUAAUCACGAGGCUUUCUUCUUUUUACGUUUCCUGCCGCAAGCUAUCUGCAGCAGGGUUCCUUGUAAAAUAUAUGCAAUGUGUCUUGUCUUCUGCGGAUCACAAUAUAUCUGUUUUUUUAGCAGUAGUUUUUGUAUUGUAUUGUCAAGCCUUUUGUGGACCUUAUCUAAUGGCCAGAACUUUAGUCUCUAGAAGCAAAUGUUAAGAUCUAUGCAUCAGAUACCAUGACUAGUUAUUGCUAAUCGCUAAGCUGCCAGCUCGCGGCGUGUAAACCAUC